AUGCGUUUAAAAACGCUUCGUAAAGAAAGACCAGCUUUUGAAAAUGAAGGUACUGUCAUAAGUGGCAGUAGAAUGGAUCUAUCUAACAGUGAAUGUAAACCAUCUAAACAUCGUACAAAUAAUUCAUUUGCUUUACCAACAUCUCUCAAUAAUGAUUUGUCUUCGCUUAGUAUUUCAAUAUCGGAUCGUGCUAAUGAAAUGGAUAUUCAAGCUUCUCAACAAACAUUAUCACGUCGAAAAUUCAAUCAACCACCACCAUCUCAAACAACACGUACAUCAUCAUAUCAAGCUAUUGAAGCUGCUUAUCUUGAACAUGGUAUUCGUAUACAUUUAAAUCCAACAACUGCUGCAGCAGUAACUCAACAACAACAAAAUCAAACCACAACAACAAUAGGAAAUACAACGGAAAGAAAAUCUGCAAGUACUAUUCAACGAAAUAAAGCAUUUGUUCAUCGAAAUCCAAGUCGAUCAUCAAGUGCACUUCAUUAUAAAGCUACUUUACAAGAGUCACAUCAAGAUUCACGACCAUUUAGUGAAUUACAACAAACAUCUAUGACUGAUUUUGCAGAAACACAAAUACGUAAUGUUUCUUUUGUUCAAACAACUGAAAGUGAACAAAAGUUCACUUUAUCAGAACAAUUAGAAAAUAAUUAUUGUUCAUCGUCAAUUCUCAUGAGUGAACCGUCCGAUCAUAUAAUCUUACCUACACAAAUUCCUAUUACUAAUGAUACAACAUCAACAACAACACUUGAUAAUGAUCCUGAUCUCGCUUAUAUGACUUCAUUAUUACAAACAACUAAUGGAGAUGCCUUUCGUGAUACAAUUCGUCGUCGAGCUGGUCUUCGUCCAACACUUGCUGUACAUCGACAUCCACCGUCAACAAUACCAACAACCACAACGACAAAUACUAAACAACAAGAAAAAUCAUCUGUCAUUAAUUCAUCACCUACUAAUCAUCGAAAAUCAUCAUUACGUCAUUCUAUGAUAACUGCUCCUCCUCCUCCUCCUCCUCCUCCAACAACAACAACACCAUCAAAAAAAAAAGUUGAAAAAGAUAUUCUUAAACAUGCAACACGUAUUCGAGCAAGUCAAUUAAAAGAUUAUUUUAUUAAUCAUGACAAAGCUUCAAGAUCAAAUUUAAGUCACCAUGAAUCAUCAGUUUCAAAUUCACCAACAAGAACAAAUCAUAUGAAUAAACGAAAUAAAACUAAUAAACCAUCAAAAUCUAUUAGUCUCGAACCUCUCGAACUUCUCUUAGCACCUGCACAUCGUCCAUCAUCACUACGAACAUCGCCACGCGUAAUUUCAUUGUCAUCGCAUGCUUUUCCAGCUAUUAAUCAUAGUAUUCAUCAAGAAAAUGUAAAGUCUUCUAAAACAUACACUAAGUCACCUAAAAUCUCCUUCGUUGAAAGUAAUAACACUACACAUGAUGAAAUAACAACAACUUUUUCCUUAAUUGAACACUCAAAUUCACCAUCAUUAAGUGAUGAGAAUUCACCAUUAAUGAAAACUUCUCUACUAGGUAUGAUCCCAAAUAAUAAAAUCCGUCAAUCAAAUUCAAUUGAUUCUGGCUGUUAUGAUCAAAGUAGUAGUAGUGGUGAUGCACAAAGUAUAACAUCUUUAAUCAUGAAUCAAGCAUCAAGUUCAGUACCAUCAGCACGAUUAGCAAGUGCAAGUACGCGUCGUUCAAAUACAAGUAAAAAAGUUUCAUUCGAAGAUCAAUGUAGAACAGUUAUUAUCACAACAGCAAUAUUUGUAUAG